AAAAUAAUGAAAGGAAAAUUAUGAGCCUCUGAAUAUGUAUUAUUCCCCAUUUGGCGAUUGGCGGAAACCUUAUAUCCUCAUCAGCACAAAAAUACUGUAAUAUAUCAUCCUUAUCCAUCUUCUUAUUCCUUGCGCCACCUCAAUUGUUCCCCCAUUUUUUAUUCCAAGCUGACAAUAAACAGUGUUAAUUUCAACAUUUCUCUUUCUGUUUUAUCGUUAAUUAUACGAUCCAUUCACAUAUAUUCAGCUAAAUCUUUGUUUCUUGUUUUUCUAUUUUAUCAUUUUUCGUAUUGUAUAUAUUCGUGUACUAGUAAUAAGUUCAUCAGUCACUGCCCAAAAGCACUCAGCAAUGGCGUCGAUGUGUUCUCCGACGUUUCAAUCUCCGCGCACGGAUUCGAAUCAUCAUAAUCUUGACCUCUCCAGUUCCAGAUUUGCCUCUUCUAAAUUUAGCAGAAGAUCGUCACGAUCGGGGGUUUCUUUUUCUAGGGUUCCUGAAUCCGAUUUCUGUUGCCGUUGCCUCAAUAGUAGCGGCGGCGACGGCGUUGGCGGAGACAGCUCGGCCUCGGGAAACUCGUGGCGGUGGGAUUUUGGCAUCCAGGAAACUGUUAGGAAUGCGAUUGAGAAGAUUGAUGGUUACUUGAGUUUUUUUAGGGAUCAUGGAGUGGAGGUGAGUCAGGUGGUUCUGGAUGAUGGUGAGGAGGAAGAGGAUGAAUGGGAUUGGGAUAAGUGGAGGCGACAUUUCGUGGAGGUCGAUGAGCAGGAGCGCAUUGUCUCAAUUUUGAAGUCUCAGCUGGCAAGUGCAGUCAAGAGAGAGGAUUAUGAAGAUGCUGCCAGGAUUAAGGUUGCAAUUGCAGCUGCUGCUACAAAUGAUACUGUUGGCAGAGUGAUGUCCCAUCUCAAGAAGCUUGUGGAGGAAGAACGUUAUGGAGAUGCAGCUCUUAUACGUGACUACGCUGGUGCUGGAUUGGUUGGAUGGUGGGCUGGAAUUUCAGAAGAUGCUGAUGAUCCUUAUGGUCGUAUUAUUCGUAUAAGCGCUGAGUAUGGGCGAUAUAUAGCUAGAAGUUACAGUCCUAGGCAGCUUGCCGCAACCUCAGAUGGUGCACCCCUAUUCGAGAUUUAUCUUACAAACAGCAAAAAGGGUGGUUAUAAGCAACAGGCCGUUUACUUAAAACGCAAAGAUUCUCCCCAAGAUCUCCAUUUUCCAUUCUCAAAGCCUACCGCAAGUUCCAGAAGCCGGGACGCUCGUGAUGCGGGGGACAACAACAAAAGCAAGCUCUUUGAAAUAAGCUCCGAGGAUACAGACAGUGAAGACAUGGAUGAUGAUUUCAGUUUCGAUAAUAUCUUACAUGACAUGAUUCCUGGUGUGAAGGUGAAGGUUGUGAAGAUAACAUCUCCCGAGAAGCUUGACAUGGAUAUGAUAUCUAAUGUGAUCAAGCAGAUAACAGAUGAUGACGAGGAAGUACAAGAUUUCGACUUUGAAGAUCUGGAUUCUGAUGAUGAAACUAAAAACGAAAAUUCUGAUGAUGAUCACAAUGAUGGCAUUGAAGUGGAUUCUGCUACUGGAUUAACAGAUGGCAGUGAGCAAAAUCAGAUUUCAGUUGGAGUUGUCAUUGAUGGGUUCGUCACGAAAAUUUCGCAUGGCCCUGAUGUUAAGGAAUUACUCCGUGUUCCUGCUAGACUGGAGAAAAAGGAUCGGGCAUCAUUUACGUUUACUGUAGAGGAGGAUGAUAGUGAGAGUCUCUCACAGUUUAGGCAGAACAAAAGAGCUAAUAAGUCUCGAACCCUACGUAGCAUUGACAAUGUUAUGCUUAAUCUCAUGAAGUCCAUUGCCAAAAAGAAAAUCUCAAUGAAGGUUCUUAAAGAUGUUAGUGACUUGUUAGAUCAUACGAUCAGUCAAGCUCGUAACCGGCAGCCUCUAUCUGGGUCAACCACGUUUCACCGCAUUGAAAUAUCAUCAUCUUCGGAUCCACUGAAUGGACUGUAUAUUGGUGCACACGGGUUUUACACUUCGGAAGUUAUUCAAAUGAAGCGUAGAUUUGGUCAGUGGAAAGAUGAUGGAAGCAGAAAGAAACCAUCAAAAAUCGAAUUUUACGAGUAUGUUGAAGCUGUAAAAUUAACUGGUGAUGCUUAUGUUCCUGCUGGUCAGGUUGCAUUUCGAGCAAAAGUUGGAAAAAGAUAUCAACUUCCACAUAAAGGGAUCAUUCCCGAAGAGUUUGGGGUGAUUGCUCGAUAUAGAGGACAGGGAAGAUUAGCUGAUCCUGGAUUUCAAAAUCCUCGAUGGGUUGAUGGUGAACUUGUGAUUUUGGAUGGGAAGUACAUUAAAGGAGGCCCAGUUGUUGGAUUCGUCUAUUGGGCUCCAGAAUUUCAAUACUUGGUAUUCUUCAAUCAACUAAGGCUGCUGGAUUGAGCAAAUUUCAGAUCUUCUUUGUUGCCAUUUUUUCGGAUCUUCUUCUGUUUUUUCGCCUAAUCCUUUGGGAGGCUGGAUGUGCUAGCAGCAGUUGAGGCCAAGUUCUUAUGUGAGUUGUGACUCGGUCUUUACAUCAGCACAAUGUAUGACUAGAAACUCUGUGUAAGUAACCUCCAAUUUUUCAAUUUUUUUUUUUUAAGUUGUAAUAGUUACUGUAUGACAGGCUCAUGCAACACAUACUACUUAGUCUGUUACGGAGUUGCUUUUUCCUCUGCGGAAUGUAUAUAUCAUCUGCUGUAUUGUGUUUCGACUUUAGAUUUUGUUGUUGGAUUUUUCCUCAGAAUAAUAGAACUUCAUUAGCCUUUGUAGAUACGAAAACUAAAUUGAGCUAAUGCACAUUAAUUUUGCAGUGUGUCA